UACACAGCAAAAUAGUUUUUGGACUUCUAGUCAGUGAAUUGAGGCUUGAUAGUCAAAGUAUAGAAAUGUAUCUACAUGGUUUUGAAAUGAGCUCUACUAAUCCUUCAUUCAAGACAUCCUGGGUGGAAAUCAUUGAAAGUGCAAUAGUGUGCAUGACGCUAGGAGGAUAAAAGCUCCACCCCGUUACUAUGUGACUGUGAAGUGGCUGUCUCCUUCCCUUUUUUUUUUAUCUGUCUUGAGUCAACAAAAAGGGCAUCACGAUAAGGCCGGCACGUUGACGAGAUGUGCAAAACAGCCAUUGAUUUAUAAAAGCGUAAAGCCUAAUGGAUGUGAAACACAGAGAGCUUACUCUGUUCUGGACACCAGGACGCUUCUAGAGGACGUAUUCCACACACCUCAGUCUGAGCAUCCCUCUCAAAGCUUGAAAAGGUAAAAUGACGUCAUCAGUCCUCAUCUCAAACCGCACACAGGAGUUCGUGGAGUGUCUGCGCAGGUGGCACCUUGAGUUAUUUUUCAUCCCCACAACAGUCGUCACUCUGGCCACCUUGCUGGCCAACCCUGUUCUCCUGGCGUGCAUCUUUCUGUCCCGUGCCCUGCGUCAGGAGACACGCUACCUGCUGGUGGCCAACACUCUCACGGCCGACAUGCUCUUCCUCGUGCUUAACCUUUCCACAGUGAUUUGUAACGCUGUGAGGGCCCAGAUUCCGUGGCUGCUCUGUGAGGUCAUCACAGCAUUCACCGUCACCGCCUACUGCUGCGCCAUCCUUACCGUCACGUUCAUGGUGGUCGACACCUUUGCUGCGGUUCGCUGGCCUCUCCAUUACCAUGACAUUCUCCCACCUGCACGCACCCACCGCAUUCUGGUGGGGUUGUGGGUGGUAGCAGCCAUUUAUCCUUUCACCCUGGUGAUACUGAUGGUGGAUGAAAGAGGAAAUCCACAUGGCGAUGUGUCUGUGUGUCUGGCCGUCAUCUCCCUUGGCUUCAUUCUGAUCAAGGACACAAUGUGGAUCCACAUCUACUUCUUUGUAGCUGCUUUUCUCUGCACCGUACUCAUUUUGUACUGCUACAUCCGACUCUACAUGGUCACAAGGACUCAGGGAAUCUGGCAUAGUCGAUUCUCCAGGGCCCGGGUCACGCUCCUUGCUCAUGGACUUCUUCUUCUGCUGUACUUUGCCCCUGGCUUUGUUUUCACCAUGGAGCUCCUCCUCGUCCACAGGGAAGAUAUAAGUCAAGAUGUUCGUGUUUGGGUCAACACAGUCAAUAUGUGUGUGUUCAUGCUGCUGCCCAGAGCGUUUGCUCCGUACCUAUACGGGCUGAGGUACAGGGAGAUCUCUGACACUCUGAUGCAACUGCUGCAGCAGCACAGGAGACUCAGCCAGGUCACAGUUUCAUCAAGACACUAGUGAAUUCUCCAUUAUCCCUAUUUAUUUAAUUUUUCCAACUGAAGAUGGAUGGAAGAUAGCCCAUAAGAUCAUGUUUCAGAACACAACACUAGGCUGAUUCUGAUUAUUUUGUAGAAGCCAAGGGGGGCGUGACAAUCACUCUUCCAAUUUCAGCCCUGUAAGGUUUAGAAUUUAAAUAUGUUUAAGGUUGCACGCUUUUAAUACUGGAAGAGAAUAAGGUUGUUUAUUUUAAGGAAGUUAAACAUUUUAUCUAGUUUUGACUCUCCUCAGUCUGCUAAUGAUAAUUAAACUGGGUUUAAACUUUGAUAAAAUAAGCAUGUCUUUACUUGAGAACAGACAUAACUGAAAAGUGGGCUUAAUGGUUUCUUGUAAAUUAUAAUUCAUGAUGACAAACGACAAAACAUUAGCUCUGUAAGGAUGCAUCAGUAGCUUCAAAACAAUAUUUUUUUAAGUCCUUUGUUUUUCAUAUCCACAUUUGUAAUGGAUUACUAAAGGGCUAUGUUGAGGUUUGUUAAAAAGUCUGAUAUGGGAUUUUAAAAAGAGCUAUGAGCUGCAUAUCAAAAAAGUCCGGUCUGCACAAGGCAAGCUUGCAAUUCAAGAAGUGAAUCUGUUUUGUGUAAUGUGUAAUCAUAGAACACUCAUUUCUCAUCAGCUCACUUAACUCCCUAAAUUCCCAAAAACAACACUGAGUACAAACCUCUGUUUCCUCACCCAUAUGAUGUUUGCUUCAUCUCCUCUACUACUUUUUCGUUCUUGUUUGAGAUAAUGUGUAUCAUGUCUACAGUGAAAAGUAGAUUUGUAAUUCAACGCAAUCGGCAACUGGAGUGUCUGCUCUUGUGUGUUUUCAAAAGAACUCCAUUAUCGUAGUUGGUGCUGAGCAUGAUUCAUAGAUUAGUGUGUGAUGUAUUCAUGGGUCAAUCCAAAGGAGAUCAUUUUGGGCUCUUUUACUACUUUUCUGUUAUGUCUCUGUGUUGAGGCCUCUUUAGAAAAUGUUUCCUUGUAAAUAAAUUGCACAACCCAAA